AUGGCGAAGCAACAGCUCUCCCUUUUGCUCGCCAGCCUCCUCGCGUUUGCGGCUGCAGACGAUGCGACCUCCUUCCUGGCUAUGCCCCCCACGGACCUGGCCGCCGACCUCAUGGCGCUCAAGGCGCAGGCGGCGAAAGCGAAAGCGGCGCCGGGCCUCGCGCCGGGCCUGGCGGGGGACCUGGCGGCCCUCCUGGCGCAGAAGGGGGCUACGGAAUCGGCGGCAGAGACCGCCGUGGCCGUUCCUGCCGAAGCCGCCGCAGCGGCGGAAUCGCCGCUGCACACAGUGCGCCUGGUGAAGCAGUACGUGCCCAUCGAGCGGAACGGCAGCGUCAUCGCGUACAAGACUGCGUACUUUGGGAAGAUCCAGGUGGGGUCCCCAGAGCCGCAAGACUUCACCGUGGUCUUCGACACAGGCUCGGCACACCUUGUGGUGCCCAAUAGCGCGUGCACCCGCGAGACCUGCUUGAAGCACAACCGCUACAACGAGACCCUGUCCAUGAGCUCGGUGCCCAUCGAGCACGACGGCACGCGGCUGCCCCGGGGCUCGGUGUCGCAGCACUCCGUGAGCAUCACCUUCGGCACGGGGAAGGUCUCGGGCACCUUCGUGCGCGACACCGCCUGCCUGGAGGGCGGACGGGCGGGGCAAGCGGGGCCGGCCUGCGCGGAGGUGAACAUGGUGGUGGCCAACGACAUGAGCGACCAGCCCUUCAGCCUCUUUCACUUCGACGGGAUCCUGGGCCUGGGCCUUGAGGCGCUGUCGUUGGGCCCGGGCUUCAGCUUUUUCGGGCAGAUGGCUCAAGCGCUGCCGGUGCAGCAGUUCUCGGUGUUCCUGGCGCGCACGGACCAGGGGAAGAGCUCCAUCUCCUUCGGGGGACACGAGGAGUCCAAGGCGGCCUCUGGCUUCAGCUGGGUGCCUGUGGCCAAGCCGGAGCUGGGCUACUGGCAGGUGCAGAUCCACGCGGUGCGUGUGGGGGACACCGUGCUGGAGGAAUGCGCCGACGGAGGCUGCCGGGCCAUCCUGGACACCGGCACCUCGCUGCUGGGCGCGCCGCGCCAGGCCAUCAAGACGCUGCACUCCCUGCUGUCGCGGAAUGUGCUGGUGGCGCCCAAGGGCAUUGGUCAAGGAGAAGGAUUUGUGGCGCAGGAGGAGGCCGACGAGGCGCUCGCCCGAGACUGCCGCAUGCAGGAGGGUCUGAAGCUCACCUUCGACCUGGGGCCCACUGUGCCGGGCAUCGUCCUGGACGCCGAGGACUACUUCCGGCCCAAGCCGUUCAACAUGACAGUGCCGGAGGCGGAGAACCCGGAGGCCUGGAAGCUGACCUGCCGGUCGCUGCUGCUGCCGCUGGACCUGCAGGCGCCGCUGGGGCCCAAGACCUUCAUCCUGGGCGAGCCCGUGCUGAGGAAAUACUACACCAUCUACGACUGGGCCUCGCGGCGGGUGGGCUUUGCGCAGGCGGAUCACAGCCAGGACGAGGAGGUGGACGGCGCCAGCGCCAUCGGCACCCCGGAGGCGGGUCGGUUGGCUUGGCAAUCAGAGCGGCGCAAGGAGGGCUCGCUGGUGGCAGGCGUGGACCGCAGCCGCUUCGCCUCAGAGCUGCACUGGGCGCCCGUGGCGAAGCCGCAGCACGGGCACUGGCAGCUGGCGGUGCGGAGUAUCCGCGUGGGCAACGAGACGGUGGAUCUCUGCGAUGCCGGGGACUGCACCGCCAUAGCGGACACCGGCACCUCCCUCAUCGGAGUGCCCAAGGCCUUUGUGCAGAAGAUGCACUGGCUCCUCGCCCGGCGGGUGGAGGACGAGAAGGUGGAUCCCACCGAGCACUUCGACUGCCGCGGCCAGCCAGGGCCGGACAUCGUCUUCGACCUGGGCGAUGGGCUCGAGCUCACGGUGGGCGCUGAGGAAUACUCGCGGCCUGCCGCCCUGAGAGUCAUCACCAACGCCACGGGGGAGGAGGAGCUGAUCUGCAGGGCAUCCUUGCUGCCGGUGGAGGAGAUCCCGUCCCUGGGCAGCAAGGCGUGGAUCCUAGGGGAGCCUGUGCUCCGGAAGUACUACUCUGCCUACGACUGGAAGAACCAGCGGAUCGGCUUUGCGGAGGCGGUGCAGCCGCCGGCUGCGGCGCAGGGCGAGAAGCCGCGGCACCGGGUGAUCGGCGCUCCUUCAGAGGAGGUGCCUGCCCCGACCGUCGUCUACAUCUGA